CCCCGGAGGUGGCUGGAAGGUGCCUGACAGUCCCUGGGGGCAGGUGUGCUCACGGGUCUGCAGACCUGGACUGGAACCAGCAGUUUUUCCCAGGGUUUCCAAGGAGUACUGGGAUUAGGAGAGGUGGUACUGACUCCUGUUCAGUUUUCAGCUACUCUGAUUUUAAACUGGUGUUCCUCCAUCUUCAGGCUCUGAAUCGGCAAGGCCCUGUUCGUCUUUCCAGCAAUAUGCUUUACUGUGUGCUGCCUUUCAUUUCAGCCCAUCUUGCUGUGUUUCUAUUCCAUCUGCUUUUCCUUCCUUUGGGUUCACCUGGCUUAACUUGGUAUUCAGAGCUUCCAAAGCUGAAUUCCAAGAUUAGCCUUUGCUAAUGAAGCACUGAAUGGUGCCAGAACGGGGUGGGCUUGGGUCUCUUGUUAAUUCUUAAUGUAGUACUUACAUAGUCAGUAGGGCCAUUUGUGUAAACUUAGUUGGUACUUGUCUUGCAAAAUAAUCGACUAUAAUGUCUAGUGCAAGUCUUGUAUUGAACUGUCAUAACAGCUGAUAUACUCACCUAUGUGUGUAUGAUCAGAUUUUUGAUGGAGAAAAAAGUACUGUAUUCUUGUGAUAUGUCACUGAACUUUGAUUUCCUUUUUACAGAAAUUCUCUCAGGAGCUUGGGAGUGUUUUAGAAUUGGAUGUAUUGGUUAUUAGGUGAUGUCACUAUAACCUAAAUAGGUCUAUUAGGGACAUCCUAGUCCUGUGUAACAGCUUCUUGUUAUUGAGAUUGAGAAAUAGUUUUCUGUGGCUGGGUUGGUUUAGCACUGACCUCUAAGGUAAGUGCUUUGUUCUGGAGCUGGCAGGAAAGUCAUAUGUUUUGAAAAGACUGUGAACUCUGUGUAUGGCCAGAUAACAUUGGGUUGUGGUUUCAACUGGUAAUGUUUUGUCUUGUUUUGUCAAUGUUUUGAAUUGUCCUAGUGCUAAUUUUGCUUCUGAUAGCAUUAGAGAGUGAUUCUUACCCUUACCAGCUCUUGCAGCACAACCAUUUCCAGGUCCAUGGAUGAACAGCACUCUGUGCCAUCCUGGUUAGAGCCUGUUAGGCAGAUCUGAAGUGUCCUUUUGUUUCCUGUCUAAUAAGGGCUUUGGGAGAGCAGGGGAGGUGAUCCUUGGCUCCUUGAGGGGGAAGGUGAUGUAUAGGAGGUCACUUCCAUAGGAAUCUCUGGUGACCAAAAGUGUGGUAAGAGUCAGGAAUGCAGAUAGACCUCCCUCUUAAAUUGCAUUUGUCUUUCCUAGGUUAGUUUCUACUCUGGUUAUCCUGUAGGCACCUUGUAGCACAUUUGCAUGCUUUUUACAUAGAAGAAGAGCAACUGAGCACGAUUCACUGCUGGGAUGAGAAAGGGGACAGUUUCUAGGAUCUUCUUCCACCAGGAGUUUUGGUUGUGCCACUUCUGUGCAUAGCUUCACAGUCACUUUAAGUUCGUGUAAGUAUAGACUGCAACUAACUAGAAGUUCUUGCCCUGCUGCUGGUGCCAGCUGAGGUGUUUGUGCAGGUGGGAAUUAGAGUUCUCUGACUUAGGAAUUGAUCAAACUGAAACCAAACUUUUAUUUUUUUUUCUCACCAGCUUUGUGGGUGCUUAAAUGAUUUUGCUGGUGCAGGAGCAAUGGUGGGAAAAUGGGAUUGGUGGUGGAAGGGAGUCUGGUUAAGGGUAGCCUGCACUGUGACAGUGAAACAAUGCAACUACAUGGCUUUAUAGAUUUAGUUAUAUAAAAAUACAAUUUUAAAAUACACGUUUACAUGUCUUUUAAAAAUUGAACUUUAAUGUCCAUGCUUCUUUCCUGCUACCUUUGUGACUAAUGUCAUUGUGUGCUUCAUCAUCAGGAAGAUGGUAUUGGGCAUGUCCUUAUAAAAAUAUUCCAUAAAGCAAAAUUAGAUGUGGAAUUCCCUCUCAUGGCAGACUGUGUAAGUCAACUGCUUGCAAGUUAUUUUGUACUGCAUGGCAUGUAGUGAGAAGUCAAGGUUAGAAUAGCAAGGACUCAGAGGUCAAAAAAUGCCCAGGCUGAACUAGUACCUGUGCCCUUAAUCAGUUAAUUAGCCUUCUAAACAAGCAUUAUGUUUUCUUCUUAAUCAUGCGGUUGCAUGCUGUUCUCAGCCCCUCUGAGCUGCCUAGUUUGUUUCUUCUCUCCUUUCCUCUCCCAUAUAUAGAGCUUGUUCAUUUUGCUUAGAAUUAUCCAGCUCUGAAAAUGUGACCUGAGGAGUGCGAGAAGACGAGCCCUGCAGGAGCUUGGAGCUCUGUAAACCAUCUGCUUACAGGACGUGGUCUGGCUCAGUGGGUGACCAAAUGUUUGUAAAAAGGUUUGAUCACUCGUCUUUCUAGAUUUCAGUGUUUAGUAGAUUUCUUUCUGUCUAAAGGUUGUUGUGGAUCAGGUGAGUUCUGACUGGCACACGGGCACUGUCUUCUGGUUUCCACUGGAAUCAAAUGCAGGUGUUAAGUUUGAAGUUGAGUAUUCCCAGUCUGUGCUCUAGAGAAGGUGCCUUUCUUACACCUAUGGUUGAAAUGCAGCUACUGAAGCUGUAUAAAAGCUGACAGAGUCUUGUUUGGGCCAAUACUGGGGCAUUGCCUUGUAACCCAGGCACUUCACUUGCCGCCAUUGGAUUUCCCCCAGUCUGCCCAUUGGGAAUGAGCUUGUAACGUGUUGAGACAUGCAUCAUGGUUGAGUGUUGAUGCUGGGAUUUAUAGUCUUGGAAGUUAGUAUCAACAGAAAACUGCGGCUGGAUUUGUUUACUCUUGCAUUUUACAGUGUCACACUGUCAGUCUUGGUGCUGGGCAGGGUUUAGAUUUGAACUUGCAGGGUUUCUGUGUGGCAGCUCAGGAGAGCUGUGGCUCUGCUCUUGCUUGUUUAUAAAAUGUGACUUGCCUAGGAGCAACUGCUUUUACUUCUGACUUCUCAGUCUUCGAGAAGGAAUGUGUCAAAACCAAACCUAGUAAAUACAGUGGGUCCCCAGGGAGCUCUGGAAUGGAUGGUCUAGAGAAAAGGUGUGGAAGGAAAGAAAAAAUGCAACAAACUUGUGUAAGAAUCAUGUGAAGUAUUUGUAUUACUUGCUGUAGACUGAAGGAACCCUUCAGAUGUGUGGAGGAGCAGCUAGCAGUCUCCUUGUAUAUUCCUGAUGUGACAGGAAUGCAGAGAAGGGUGCUGGCUAGUGUUUAAUCUCAGGUUUGUUGCUGCUGUCUAGGGUGUGGGGGGAGGAAGAGGAAGUGUUUGUGCGUGGCAGCUUGGUUUCUGUUUUGCAGGCGUCGCCUGUACGUGGUGCUUGUGCUGUUCUGGUGUGGCAGCAGCUGUUAUUUUUGGCUUUCUCAGAGUGCUCUUUGGGUAGAUGUACUUUCUGAUGGAUGCAGUUCCCUUAAUUGUUGUGUUGGGUGCCUGUGCUUCCUACAUAGUCUCCAUCAGUACAAACUGCUCUGUAGAUAAGGUGCAAGUAAUUUGGUUUCCUUUAUUUCUGUAGGCCCAUCUAUGUGUAUUUUGAGUGGCAAUAACUGUGUAUAAAAGACAAGCUUCUUUAAGCUUUCUGUUAUUUUGUGUAACCUCUGUCAGUGUGUGGUCAGUUUUGUUCACAACAAAUGGUUUAACUGCCUUCUCUGGGAGUAAAGAAAUAAGCUUUGCUGUUAAUGGUGCCUCUGUAUCUGUAUAAUGAUAUCCACAGUAGUUACCAUUGGUGCAGUUAUUUCUGUUCAAAAAUAACAUGGGUGUAGCUGCCAUAAUUAUAUUAGUAGGAGAUCUGUGUCAACCAAAUCUGAUAAAAGCAGUAAAAAAGGUUAUGAGAUGUAAUGGCCUGUCCUGGUAGGAUGUUACUGCACGUGGUUGAGAGCUCUGAUAGAUAAACUGUCUCUGGCUUAGUUAGAAAGGUUAUCUUCUCCACCAGCUGUCCUGCUUCUUUGCCAAACACUACUUCUAUUGUGUCAGGGCCAGUUCAGCUGCCGCAGUUUAAUAUACUGCAGCCUUUCUUCAUUAAUACCUAUCAGUCUUGUGAACCAGGCCAGCUGAAGAACAGGUACCCAUCCUGUUUUAUUCCACCUCCUGGCUGGUGAUCUUCAGCUGAGGGGUGGAGGAGGCAGUUGGGCAGUGGUCCCUUCAGCUCCAGUGGUACAUUUGGUCAAGAGCAUCUAUCAGAGCCCAGAGGGAUGAGUGAGAGCAUUUGUGUCCUGAAAGGAGCUCACUCUGAAUGUUGGUCCCAGACUCAAGGGAAAGCAUCCUCUCAAAUAUUCUGAGGUGAUGAGCAAAAAAAAAAAAACUAAAUAAAAGCUAAUUUAGUGCUUGCUAACUCAUUUCCAUACAACAUCUUGCAGGCUGACUUGCUUCUGGCAUCCUGCUCCCUCUUGAUUGUGAGAGGUUGGCUCCAUAUUCCAGUGACAGCUCCACAGACAGAGCUUGGGUGACAUCUCUAAGAUCAUUGUGAAGAAGCAGAUUGCUGGGAUUUCCCCCCUGUGGCUGCCUGACCACCUCUGAGCUACCCUUCCCAGCCCAUGUGGCUCUCCCUAUGCUCCAAGAGUGCAACUGGUGCCCAACGCAAUGUGUGUUUGUCAAACCAUGGAAGUGGGCAAGUUCGGCAAGAAUGCCACUCGAUCCGGAGACCGGGGGGUCCUGCUGGAGCCUUUCAUUCACCAGGUGGGCGGCCACAGCAGCAUGAUGCGCUACGAUGACCACACUGUCUGCAAGCCCCUCAUUACCAGAGAGCAGCGCUUCUAUGAGUCUCUGCCCCCUGAAAUGAAGGAGUUCACACCCGAAUACAAAGGUGUGGUGUCCGUCUGUUUUGAAGGAGACAGCGAUGGCUACAUUAACCUGGUGGCCUAUCCCUAUGUGGAGAACGAGGCUGCGGACCAGGAUGAUGUGCCGGAGAGGGACCAGCCACGACGCAAGCACUCGCGUCGGAGCCUCCACAGAUCAAGCAGUGGCACUGAGCACAAGGAAGAAAAACCUGGCCUGGCCAGUGACAGCACUGAAAGCAUCCAGGAAACGAAGAGUCCCAGGGUGGACUUGCACAUCCAUUCAGAUGUUCCAUUUCAGAUGUUGGAUGGGAACAGUGGUCUGAGCUCUGAGAAGAUCAGCUAUAACCCCUGGAGCCUGCGCUGCCAUAAGCAGCAGCUGAGCCGCAUGCGGUCCGAGUCCAAGGACCGAAAACUCUACAAGUUCCUGUUGCUGGAGAACGUGGUGCAUCACUUCAAGCUUCCCUGUGUACUUGACCUGAAGAUGGGGACCAGACAGCACGGGGAUGAUGCGUCUGAGGAGAAGGCUGCUCGGCAGAUGAAGAAGUGUGAGCAGAGCACUUCUGCCACCUUGGGCGUGCGUGUGUGUGGGAUGCAGGUCUAUCAGCUGGACACCGGGCAUUACUUAUGCAGGAAUAAAUACUACGGACGGGGUCUUUCCAUCGAGGGCUUCCGCAACGCCCUCUACCAGUACCUGCACAACGGCAUCGAGCUGCGCAGGGACCUGUUUGAGCCUAUCCUGGCCAAACUCCGAAGCCUGAAGGCGGUUUUGGAGAGACAGGCCUCCUACCGCUUCUACUCCAGCUCCCUCCUCAUCAUUUACGACGGGAAGGACAGCAGGGCGGGGAUGUUUGUGGAGCGCCGGCCGGAGAUGCGCCUGAAGCGGGUGGACAGCUCCGUCCCGGAGGGCCUGCAGGAUGGGGGCAGCACGGAGCCUGGCUCCUCCUCCCAGCCCAAGGUGGACGUGCGUAUGAUUGACUUUGCACACAGCACCUUCAAAGGCUUUCGUGAUGACCCCACUGUGCAUGACGGACCCGACAUGGGUUACGUGUUUGGGCUGGAGAGCCUCAUCAACAUCAUGGAACAGAUGCGUGAGGAAAACCAGUAGUCCUGAGCUGCUGCCUAUUACUCUUGUCCUGGUGGCAGGAGCAGACAAGACCACCUAGUACCACAGGAAAAAAGUGGACAACUUUGGUUUUAAACACCUGUAUUGCUCCAUUGUUUUUAAAUGUACUUUGAUAGAAGAGCUGAGGGGAGGCAGGAUGGAAGAGCUCCUCAUGCCACCCAGAUGGUUCUGACAGCACUAGCUCUGCCAACUGGAGGAGGCUCUGUAGAUGCCUGCUGGAGGAGGCUCUGUAGAUGCCUGCUGGGCAUUGGGUGUCCCGGUUCUUCACUCAUCGCAUGUGCGUUCUGGAGGGAGGACCUGGAUUUAAAGAAGAGAAAGCUGGAGAGCAUGAGGCUCUUCAGGGGGCUGGAGCUGUGGCAUGAGAAGCCUCCUGCCUCAGUAGCCCCCAGUAGAGCCUUCCUGUUGAAAUUCUCCUGGGUUAUUUGGAAAGGGCACUCAACUAACAGUUGGCAGCAUCUGUGGGGCUGAGGGUGAGCAGCACAGAUGCUGGUCUCUGCGUUUGGUGUCCCUGGCUCUGCCCUGGGUUUUGCCACUGGGGCUUUGCUUUUGAUUCUGCCUUUUUCUGCUGUUUGGGCACUGUGAGUAACCCAACCCAAACACAGAAAUAAAAUGACCAAAUGCAACCCCUGGCAGGGCUGUGGCCAGGAGGGAAUGCUGCAUCCCUGGAGUUGUGCUUGAGCGUGGCGUCUGCUUGCUUCCCACUGGGGUGGCACAGACAGGGCCAGGCCAUGGAGCUCGGCAAGAGUAACUGCCUUGGACUACUGACCAAGCAAGAACUCAGCUUGUGGGUUAGCAAUAUUAUCUGUAGCAGUUAACUCCCCCCCCAGCACCGCAGUGGGGCGUUUUGGACCAUUUCAACCCUUCCCCUCUUGUAAUGUUGGUCCCACAGGCUACACUUGAGUAUCUCCCUCCUGCCAUCAGGCCCUGGGGCUGCAGCCCGAGGCUGUCCUUGUCCCUGGGGGUGUGAGGGGGGGAGGCCAAGGACUAGGGCUCACUCCCCUUCUCCCCAAGGGGCUUCAGGGGUGCAGGGUUGGGGGUGCCUGGCUGAGCAGUGCGUCAUGGCCUGACUGUGAACUUUGCUUCACAGAGUCAGUCUUCGCCAAAACAUGAUCCAUGUGUGGGUACGCUGAGAUGCGCUCUGCUGCUUGGGCUCUGUCCUGGAGCUGGUGCUUUGUUAAGGCUUCCCUUGAUGAGGGCAUUAAUGUUUGAUAGUGUGGCCUGGUGGUACCGAACUGUACCCUGCUCUGCAUUACCCUGUGUUUCUGUGCUGGCACCUCUGGUUGCUUCCCCUGAGUGUCACUGACUCAUUCCAUGGUGUUACUGUGCCCCUGGCUGCCUGAGACAACCUGCCUGGGUACCUGCCAGGGCUGGGUUGUUUUGGGUUUGUUUGUUUGUUUGUUUUACUACAGGAGAACUAGUUUGGGGCAUACUCGCCCUGCAUGUCGCAUGUGUGCACAGUCUGUCUGGGCAGCCUUGGUGCUGGGCUGGUGGCUCAGCUGCCCCAGGGCUGUGGCACUGGCUGCCAUGGAGUGUGGGAACAGCUGCCUUGGUCCUAAAUUGUACCCCUCGGCCUGGUUCCUGGCUUGCCCCAGCCACCCAUCCCCUCCAGCUCCCUGGACAGGGACCUUAAUCCACACCACUCUGUGCUGGGCUCCUCCUGGGCUACUACUUCCUUGCUGCUGCCUGUUGCUGCCCCCAGGCAGGGCUCGGAGGAUUUUGGGGAGCAAGUUGAGCAGUUGGAGUAGCAACAGGUGCUGCGGGUACCUGGAACCCUCCCUCCCUCAGCGCGGCCCACUGCACCCACCUCCUGCAUGUCCUUGUCCCCGGCAGGUUGUGCUGGGGUGGGGGUGUGGGGCCGUUCCUCCCGGGGAGCACCCCUGCACCCCCCUUGCCUCCUGCUUUUCCACCCCCUCCCUUGGCCGCGCAGGGGCGAGGUGUCAGCCCGGGGGAGCCCCCUCUCCCCUUCCCCUCGGACCACCGCCGUGGGACUCCACAGCUUGUACAUAGCCUCGACUGCCCCCCCCCACCCCCCCUUUUGUUUUUACAUGGAUAAUCAACCCGUUUGUGCUUCACAGAGAACCAAAAACCAUUAAAGGAUCUGUUUUUUGUC